UCUUGUUUCUUGUUUCAGCAGCUGCAUGUAAAUAAAAAAAUCGUGAGACGCAAAGUCGAUUAUUUGCAGUCAUGGCUCUUGUUGACGUAUGUGGUAUUAAUUCGAUCGUGAAUUUUAAUUCACAACGUCUCAAUGGUGAAAUUGAGGAUGAAAUUGAAUCGUACAGUCGUAAUUUUUCAAACAACUUAAACUUGUCGAUUCAGCCGGGUUUCAACACUUCGGAAAAUCUCACAGACGACAAUGGCAGGACCAUGAAACUGAAAUUCGAUCAUGGCACAACGACGCUUGGAUUUCGGUACAAAGGUGGAGUUGUGCUUGCUGUCGAUUCCCGUGCAACUGGUGGCCAAUUCAUUGGUUCUCAGACAAUGAAAAAGAUUGUCGAGAUCAAUGAUUAUCUAUUGGGCACUCUUGCGGGGGGUGCAGCGGAUUGCGUUUAUUGGGAUCGUGUUUUGUCUAAGCAAUGUCGCAUGUAUGAGUUGCGAAACCGUGAACGAAUUUCCGUGGCUGCAGCUAGCAAACUCAUGUCAAAUAUGGUCUACAAUUACAAAGGAAUGGGCCUGUCCAUGGGCAUGAUGCUGGCUGGCUGGGACAAACGCGGACCAGGAUUGUACUACGUCGACUCUGAGGGCACGCGAACACCGGGAAAAGUGUUCAGCGUAGGUUCGGGAUCAGUAUAUGCAUUUGGUGUUUUGGAUUCUGGAUAUCAUUGGGAUUUGACUGACGAAGAAGCUUACGAUUUGGGUCGGCGUUCGAUUUAUCACGCAACUCACAGAGAUUCAUAUUCCGGAGGAAUAGUUCGAGUAUACCACAUGAAAUCAACUGGAUGGGUUCACAUUUCCGACGAGGAUUGCAAAGAUCUUCACUAUCGUUACGCAGACGAAAAACUUCAAGCUGCUGCUGCUUCUCAAUAAACAAAAAUAUGUUACAAAGUACUUUAAGUUUGGUGUCGAUUUAAAAAAGUUUCAUGAAGAUUGUCCGCUUGAACUCUUUUGUAUUUCCCAAAUGAAAACUACCUUACGUAAAAGCAAAUAAAUCGACUAAAAAAUUGA